AGGCAGCGCUGUGGCAGGCGAGGUGUGGCUGGUCCGAGCAUCUUGGCCGGAGGGCCUGGACCGGAGCAUCUCCUGCCUCCCUCGCUGCCUCUCGCCGGGGCGGGCAAGGCGCGCUCACCCCGGACCAUGCCCCUCCGCCGGCGCAGGCUGGGCCACACUGGACAUUCACCAUAAGUGGAGCUCCCCCACCCCACCCCCUCCUCCGACACCUUCGCCCACUUCCCUUCCUCCUCACUGCGGCGCCUGCUGCCUCCUCCGCGGGGACCUGCUAGAGUGAUGGGCUGCAUAGGAUCCAGGACUGUAGGGAAUGAGGUGAUUGCAGUGGACUGGAAGGGAUUGAAAGAUGUGGACCAGAUCAAUAUGGACAGCACCAGCUCAUUGCAUGGCAGUAGCAUCCACCGACCCUCCACUGAGCAAACCCGGACAGAUUUCUCCUGGGAUGGUAUUAAUCUGUCCAUGGAAGACACAACCUCAAUUCUCCCCAAGCUGAAGCGGAACUCCAAUGCUUAUGGAAUCGGGGCUCUGGCUAAGUCGUCUUUCUCUGGCCCCUUAGGGAUAUCCCGCAGCAUGAAGGAUCACGUCACGAAGCCAACGGCUAUGGGACAGGGUCGUGUAGCUCACAUGAUUGAGUGGCAAGGGUGGGACAAAGGUAACAGCCAGCAACAGCUGCAUACACAUGAGGCGGUGCGCAAGGAUGCUGAUGCCUACUCUGACCUGAGCGACGGCGAGAAGGAGGCCCGAUUCCUUGCAGGGGUGAUGGAGCAGUUUGCCAUCUCUGAGGCCACUCUCAUGGCCUGGUCCUCCAUGGAUGGUGAGGAUGUGAGUGUCAACUCCAACCAGGAGAACCCAGCAAGCAACUACAGUGAGAACUACCAGGAGCUGAUGGAGAACCAGGAUCACAUGGCCCAGACACAGUAUGACAGCUGGCCUCACUCCUAUGUCUCUCAGGGCAUGUAUUGCCUGGGCUCCUCUGAUGCUUGGGAGACCAGCGACCAGUCCCUCAUUGCUUCCCCAGCUACUGGUUCCUACCUAGGCCAGAACUUUGAGGAGACCCAGUCCAACCUGCAGGAGAGCACAGUGAUUCAGAGUAGCCUCAUCCAGCAGCAUCAGAUGCAGCAGCAGCAACCACAGGCCCUGCUCCAGAACCCGGGGCUUGUUGACAUGUGGCCCCCUCAGACUGCCUCAGUGGGUGGCGGUGGGGCCGAAUCCAGCACAUACAUGGGGGUGCAUACAGAGGAGGAAGGGAACCCACUACUGGAGAAGGCCCCGCUGCUAAACAAGAAGACCUCUCCAGAGGAGGACGAUGCUGUAUGCCGGGACCUGGAGUCACUGUCACCUCGGGAGGAGCUGGAACAUGCCGCACUCAGCCGCAAGGUCUCGGAUGUCACCUCGUCCGGGGUGCAGUCCUUUGAUGAGGAGGAGGGGGAAGCAAACAAUUGAUGCUGCCAGUGAGGAAUCCGUCACCACUACCAAAUGGGAGAGGGGAAGGGGGAAUGAAAUGACAGGAAAACCUCUCCCAGGUUCCCAGGCGGACGCACCUGUCAUUCUGACAUUUCAUUUUUAACAAAAGGGAAGUAAAGGACUGGAGGUGUUUGACAGGGUCGGAGCCCUCCUUGCCCACCAUCAUGGACUGAUUCCGUGGCCCCCUGUUCUGGACAGCAUGCUGGGGGCUCAGGGAACUCUGGACUUUAAAUAUUUUUGAUACAAGGGUUUGGCUGUGGAUUCAGACUGCUCAGAUGCUGGGAUGUGGCUACCAAGAUACAAACAAUGGCUUGAGACAGGGAUAUGGCUGUAUGGAUAGGAUCUAUCUUGGCAGAAUUGAUGUUGUUUUGGGGCUACAAUCUGCUUUGAUCCAUGGGAUAUGUGAAUACAGAGUUUGUUUUGAACAGGGCACAAGGCUGUGCAGAUAGAGGUUGCACUGAUAGAGGGAUUAUGGCUGAUAUACAGGAUAAGGCUGUAUGGAUAUAGCCACUGCACUAAUAGGAUGGAUGAGCUAUAUGAUAAAUACUGUACAGUUCUUUGACAUGAGAACCAAGGCUCUGCAGAUACAGACUGUACUGUGGUAUGGAUGGUGAGGCUCUGUGGACAAGGGCUGUGCUCUGGGAUGGGUGGCAUGACUCUGUGGAUACGGGCAGUGCUCUGGUAUGGAUGGCAUAGCUCUGUGGAUACAGGCUGUACUGUGGUAUGGAUGGUGAGGCUCUGUGGACACGGGCUGUGCUCUGGUAUGGAUGGUGAGGCUCUGUGGACACGGGCUGUGCUCUGGUAUGGAUGGUGAGGCUCUGUGGAUACAGACCUAAACCCAUACGGCAACAGCUGUGCUUCAGUCUCUUUGAAACAUUUUUCUUUUGCUCCCUCUGACAUGUCUGUCUGCCUGGGAGCUGCGGGAGAGAGGGGGGAAGCUAUUUCCAUAUGGUGUUGGGCACUACAUGCAUGGGGAGGGGUCACCUGCUAUUUUCUACUAUAUAGACACGGUAACAUAAAGCUGAGUUUCCCAGAGGAUUUGGGAGUUUGUCCACCUCUGUGCUGCUGGCUGAAUCCUUCCCUCUUUUCCUCUUCAGGGAGGCCAGGAACAGCAGGAACAAACGGUAUCACCAUUUUCCAGUUUAUAUUGGAGUUUUGUUGCUGUUUCUUUUUCUACAGUUUUAUAUUGCCGGGUAAUGGUUCUAAACACAGUGGUUAACAGAGGGAAAGGCCUGUGGGCUGGCCACCACUGACCAUAACUACCAUACCAUGCUCAGUGUCCCCAGUCCCUCUGUGGUGCCAAAUGUGGAUGGAGGAAAGGGGGUGGGAGGGGAAUUUUUCUCCUCCCUCCUGUUCAUUUCUCUUUCCUGCUUUACAUUUUCUGUUUUUUCUUGACAAUGUAAAUAUUCCUUGGCACUGUUUUCUUUUUUUCUCAUUCCUCCCAUCUCUCUUUCAGGGGUGGGGAAGGCUGGGUUAUGGGGUUUUUUCCCCAUUUGUACGGGUUCUAUAUUUUUUUUAACAAAGUUUAUGAUUCAUGGACUGAUGGGGUUUUGAUCCCAUGUGAUUCCCCUUCUUGUUGCUGCAGACAUACUGCAGGAGAAAGGACUUUAAAUAGGUAUUUAACCAAUUGUUUCCUCGCUGCUCUUGCUAGGGAAUAAACAGGAGGCAAAAAUUGUGUGGGGGCAAUCAUUGUUCAGACAGCAGAACAUGACCACCAGGGGAUAGUAGAAGUGUUGGGUGUUCGCUGAAAUAUGGGCAGUGUGUAAGCAAAGAAAUGCCAACAAAGGGCAAGUUAAGGGUGGGGGACUGGAUAAAUUAACAAAGCUGGAGAUUGCCCUCUUUCUGCACUACCCCGAAGGCAUCUCAUCCCCACUUGCUCCAAGCCAGAGCCGCUCUGUUCAACUGGAAUACAGACAUUUGUCUCCUCUCUGUCUUCUCCUCCCUGAUGGUCAAAUUGGUAUUGCUGCUUGCAGGAUGGGAGAGUGAGGUAUGUUCCUCUUCUGAUCCAGAUUUGGAACCCAACCCACCUAGCAGGGAAGGAGUACAUAUCAGGAGAGGAGAAUGUAGCAGGAAUAUUAUCCAGGAGGCUAGGAACUGAGACAGCCACAGGAAAACAGAAGUGGAUCAUGUCCAGGAGUCAAGAGGAGGGUGAAUUAGACAUGGAGUCUUGGAGAUGGUAUUUCCGCCCACACCCUUUCCCACCUGCAAUUGGGAUUAUAGGGAACUCCACAGUGAACUUCUGAGUCUCUCUGGCAAGCUCCGUUUCAAGAGGACCUGUCUUCCCUCUCCACUGCACCUCUAAUGGAAACGCCACUGGGAGGAGUGUUUGGGAGGAUUAUGUGAAGCUGACGCUUGGGGGUGGAUAUGCGACAAAAGCAUUUGUUACCACCUCUUUGUCCCCAUUUCUUUGGAGCUUCCCUGUCUCUCCCAGGGGAGGUUGCUCCUUUCCUGGGUGAUGAGGUUUCAAUAUCUACUUAAAUAUGUUUACACAUUCUGGUGCCACCCUCCCAAGGUUGAGAAGGUUGGAUAAAGCACCUCCCAAAAUCCUGGGAGGACUCAUUAUCCUGAGUUUAUCUGAACUGCUUUGGUCUGGCUGCUGCAUGGAUUGGGGAAGUCUCACUAGCAAGAACAGAGAAACUGGGAAAGCAUGGGCACUGCAGCAGAUGACAUACAAAUGAAAGUUAACUCAAUUUUUUUUUUUGAACCUUCAGGGAAACUGAAGUUGUGUUUCUUUGGGGUGUUUCUUUUGCGGUGGAGUAAGGUUCAAUAAGCCUGCUUCUUAUUUUUCUGAACCAUUCUGCUCUGAGGGCCUAGCCAGGACCAACCUGGAUGUUUACGAUAAUUAUAUUUCAGUGUCUCUUCAAAUGUAUCCUGCUCCCACCUUGUCAUUCACAGGACCAGGACAAGGGGGUAAUCUUGGUUAGGUCUAUUUUUUUUUAAUGAAGACAAGUUGUGCAUUUGGUAAUAUGUGUGACAAAUGUAUGAGGUGCAUUUUCUCCAUAGGAGAGAAGUGACAGAGGGACACACAUUACAUGGAAAACAAAGACUAAAAAAGAAAAAGAAAAGAAAUUUACCUUAUGAAAAUCCCACAGAAUGUAAUAGCAAGUGAAAACCUUCCCACAGAGUUUUCUGACCGCUAGAGAAUUAUACUUCUGCUACAGAAUUCUAUAGCCCAAUUUCAAAAAGCUUAUAGAUGGGAUCUCAUUGUCUAUUAAACCCUACCGGUGUUUAGAGUAAUUUCUACAGAAACCUAUUAUUUUCAAGUUCUUAAAUUCUAUAAGAUUUUCCCAUAAAGAUCUUGCUUUUUUGCAAAUAAAGAUCUUACCUUUUUU